AUGUUAGCAGUACGCUCUUUCGCUGCCCCAGCGCGGCGACAGUGCCUGCAAGCUUCUACCCGCGCCUGGGUCCCCACUUCCGUCCAAUCUCGACGUCAAUACGCGACCGGUUUGGCAGAGAAGGACAAAGUUGCAAAGUUCACUGGCCAGAAGGGCUCGGAUGGACUUUUCACUGUCAGCUUGAUCGAGGGUGAUGGUAUCGGACCAGAGAUUUCGCAAUCCGUCAAGGACAUCUUUGAGGCUGCUAAGACUCCUAUCAAGUGGGAACCAGUCGACGUUACACCGCAAUUGGUAGACGGCAAAACCUCCAUCCUCCCAGAGACCAUUGAGAGCAUUAAGAAAAACAAGGUUGCUCUCAAGGGCCCUCUUGCCACCCCAAUUGGAAAGGGCCAUGUUUCCCUGAACCUCACUCUCCGCCGAACCUUCAACCUCUUCGCCAACGUCCGACCUUGCCGCUCCAUCGCAGGAUACAAGACCCCAUAUGAUGGCGUAGACACUGUUCUGAUCCGAGAGAACACCGAGGGAGAGUACUCUGGUAUUGAGCACGUUGUGGUGGAUGGUGUCGUGCAAAGCAUCAAGCUUAUCACUCGGGAGGCCAGUGAGCGCGUGCUCCGCUUCGCAUUCCAAUACGCCGAGGAUGUCGGAAGAUUAAAGGUUCGGGCUGUGCACAAGGCUACUAUCAUGAAGAUGAGUGAUGGUCUCUUCUUGGGUACCGCUGUCCGUGUCGCCAAGGACUUCCCUAAGGUUGAAUUCGACUCUGAGCUCCUCGACAACACCUGCCUUAAGAUCGUUACCGACCCCGCACCUUACAACGACAAGGUUCUGGUCAUGCCAAACCUCUAUGGUGACAUUCUGUCCGAUAUGUGCGCUGGUCUUAUCGGUGGUCUCGGUCUCACUCCUUCUGGAAACAUCGGAGAUGAGUGCUCCAUCUUCGAGGCUGUCCACGGUUCCGCCCCCGACAUCGCUGGCAAGGCUCUCGCCAACCCCACUGCUCUCCUCCUCUCUUCCAUCAUGAUGUUGAGACAUAUGGGCUUGAAUGACCACGCAGCAAGAAUUGAAAAGGCUAUCUUUGAUACCCUUGCGGAAGGGAAGUCGUUGACCGGUGAUUUGGGAGGAAAGGCCAAGACACACGAGUAUGCCGGAGCUAUCAUAAGCCGUUUGUAG